UAACUGCGGCUCCCUAACAGUCAGUGCUGUGCUCGGAAAGAAGUGGAGUGAGUGGCGAAUGAGAGCCAGAACCGAUCGUCCUUAAUCUGGAAUAUACAUAUAUAUUUAUUUAUUUCUCCCUGAAAAUCCGAAUUGUUACUUGCGGAGUAUCGAUCAGCUGAGUGGAAGUUUUUCCCCCAGAAAUUCGGAACCAGGUCCAGUUGUGUCAGAAAAAGAUGAGUGCAUGAAAUGCUCAUGAAGCUGUUUUAUCCUCAUCCCUGAACUUGGCUCCCCCUCCCUGGGAGGAAAACCAGGACACUCUUGAUUACACAGCUGAUCCCAGAGAGGUCAGACUCUCACUGACCCGGAUCCCUCUUCUUCCUCUUCAGCAGGACAUGGAUGUUCUCCGGCGUUCCUCUAUGUUUGCUUCAGAGGUGCUGGAUGUCUUUGACCGAUCAGUGACCGAGAAAGAGCUGGUGUCUCAGUCCAAAGCACUUUGCAGAGACUACAUCCUUUCCAGGCUCAACCAGAAUGGAUUAGGAUGGUCCAAAACUGAACUUAACUUCUCUCCCUCUAAUGCAGCAGUCGCUGAAGUGUCUCAGGUGCUUCUUUGUCUUGGCGAUGAGUUGGAAAGCAUACAGCCCACUCUGUACAGGAACGUGGCAAGGCAGCUUAACAUUUCCGUUGCCAUGGAGAAUGUUGUUUCAGAUGCCUUCCUCAGCGUGGCAACGGAGAUCUUUGCAGCAGGUAUUACAUGGGGUAAAGUGGUAGCCAUGUAUGCGGUAGCUGGAGCCCUGGCAGUAGACUGUGUCAGACAGGGACACCCCACAACAGUGCACAUUAUAGUGGACAGUCUUGGACAGUUUGUCCGUAAGUUUCUCGUCCAUUGGCUGAAGAGGAAAGGAGGAUGGGCAGAAAUCAUGAAGUGCGUGGUGAAAAUGGACUGCACCCCUGAACGGCCUUGGCUAUCAUCUGUCAUGGAUUCCUUCAAAUAUUUUCUCACUACAGUGUAUGUCUACAUCAUGAAGGAGCAGUGAGCUGCUCAGAGCGGGCAGACACCUGGUGAAGACACAGGACUGGAAUCUCUUGUCUUAUCAAAAGAUGCUGGGAUGGAGCUUCUCCCUGCAGCUGAUGAUUUAAGCUCUUCCAGCACAUUUCUGUGUUUUGCUGAAUGGCCACUGACAAAUGUGUCAUCAGCAGCAGCGUUUUGUAUUUUGCACAGACCUGUGAGGGAUUACCCUUCAACCAAAGAGUAGUCGCCUUGAUGUUUUCAGUGAAGAUUUUAGGAGAACUGUAACAUUUAACAGCAUUAAUGUUAUUUUUCCAUUUCACGCUCCACAAGUUGUCUGCUUCUUCUCGUUACCUAAUCAAAGUGGAAUAAGUCUGCUGUCUCUGUUUUAAUGUGAGGCUACUCUUUUUAACAUAGGGAUUUGUAGGGGAGUUGGAGGGGAAUCUGGAUUUUCAGUAAAAUUGAUGCUUAACUGGCUUGAACAGGACCUGAGAAGGUUUCUGGUGUCUGACCAAUGGUCCACAGAGGAUUUCCAGUCCAGUUUGGCUGCAUCAAGUGUUUACAUUUCAAAACAUUGUACUUUCACCAAAGCACAAACUGUGUUUCUCUUCAAGUGUGUUGAAAACUGUUUAAAAAUCUUUUUUUUUUCCUAGUCAUUCCCAAUUAAAAAAAAAACAAAAAAACAAACC